AUGAUGGGUCUAUUUGGUAAGAAGAAGGAUCCUAAGGAACAAGUUCGAGAAAUGCAACGAAAAAUGAGAGCAGAAAUGCGUUCACUCGACAGACAAGUGUAUGCCAUUCAACGCGAAGAGCAGAAGGUUACUAAAGAGAUCAAAGAAGCUGCAAAGAAAGGCGACAGGGAAGUAUGCGUCGUCUUGGCCAAGUCACUGUUGCAGUCGCGCAAGGCUGUCGCCAAAAUACACAUGAGUAAAGCUCAGAUCAACUCAGUUAUCAUGUGUAUGCAAGAACAGCUUGCAACGAUGAGAAUGGCAGGUUCGCUCCAGAAAUCUACACAAGUCUUGCAAAGCAUGCAAAAUCUCGUGAAGGUACCCGAGAUCAUGAAGACAAUGCGAGAAAUGGCACAGGAAAUGAUGAAACUAGGUAUUAUCGAUGAGAUGAUUGAAGAGACCAUGGAAACAAUGGAGCCAGCAGACCUCGAAGAGCAAGCUCAAGAGGAGGUAGAUCGAAUAUUGUGGGAAGUGACAGCUGGUGAACUUGGCAAGGCUCCUGCUGCAGUGACCAGUGACCUAGGUGGUGAGAAGCUGGUUACAGAAGAUUUUGAGUCGAUGGCACAACGGCUGGCGGAACUCCGAGAUUAG